AUGGAGACUGAUACUGUCAUUGUCGGCAAUGGGCCGUCUGCCAUGAUCCUUUCAUACAUUCUUCAUGGUCAUAUUCCUUACUACUCGUCCGAACCUCCACAUCCCGAUCAUCUAUUGGACGCCAAAUUAAAAGCUGCGCCGGAACUUUUAAAUGCCGAUGUCAAUUCUCUUACUGCGCAUUUUGACGCCUCGCGCCUCUCAUAUUCAACACAGGCGCUCCCCAUCAAUGUUUUAUUGGACACACUGGUACGACCAAGCGUAGAUGUGGACGAACCAGGCUGCAUUUCAAAUGUGGAGUGGCGCUCUCAGCCCGAAAAGGCCGUGCCACACCUUGUUUUUGGGAAUUCGUCUAGCCCGGGUGGACAAUGGACAGAAGACCCAUUAGGCGCCAGUUGGGAUAUUCAAACCUUGAGUUAUGCGGCCAUGCUGUCCCUGCCCGGCUACUCCUUUGCCGAUUUUCAUAGGAAGAUAACGGGCCAGGAACUGCCUGCAUAUACGAGGCCCACAAGGCGCGAGAUUGCGGAGUACUUUGCGGCCUAUCCACAGGCGGCCCUGAUUGAUGAUUCUUUCCGCUGUGGGGAAGAGCUGAAGGAUAUCUCCCGCACCGCAGAUGGAUUUUACAUUCGAUCCCACAAUAUCAGGUGCAAACGACUUGUCCUGGCAAGUGGCAUAUUUUCAGAAGUUCUUCCACCGGAGCCAUUACUGCGAUCUAUUUUACCGACCAUCUCGACACCCUCCCUCCCGCUCCUUGUUAUUGGAUCGGGCUUCUCCGCUGCGGAUUCGAUCAUAUCCGCUUCCUCGAACCAACAUCUUUUGCACAUAUUUCGGUGGUCUCCCGAUGAUCGUCCCUCCCCUCUUCGAGGAUGCCACCAGCAAGCAUACCCAGAAUACGCUGGUGUCUACCGCCUGAUGAAAAGAGCUGCACUUGCAGCCGAGGCCCCCGGGAAAGACCAGCGACCCAAAUACCGGCGCGCUACUUCGACCUCGUUCCUUGAAAGUCGGAACUGGGAAGAGCUAUACGAGGGUGUCCCCAACGUUGAAAUUACGGAUGUGGACAUUCAGGAUGACCUGGCUAGGGUCACUUUCCGCCGCCGGGAUGGAUCUAUCUUCUUUCGAUCUGUACGUGGCCUCGUUUACGCCGCCGGUCGUCGAGGCACGCUAGAUUAUCUUGAUUCCAAGCUCCUCUGUGAAGUGCUGGGGCACACGGAUGAAGAUUCAGCAAUUACUGGUCAAACUCUCCGUGCCAAGGCCAUUGAGGACCUCGAAGUUACGCCCGGUGUUUAUAUCAUCGGGAGCCUCACCGGAGAUUCUCUAGUGCGCUUCUCUUACGGUGGCUGUGUUUACGCUGCGGGACAACUUAUCGAGGGCGAGCGAGACACACGCAGCGUCUGUAGCAGUCUUGUCUCUACAGCCAAACUACACGGCUCCUCACUGUCCGUCAUGAACGGCAUGGAUGGCCACCUUGUCUAUCCCAGCGCAGAUGACUUGGAUCUGACCCGCGAGGACACCAUCAGUAAAAUGACACCGCUCGCGGAUCCGCCCGCCAUCCCUGGCUGGUGGCAAACUCUCACUCGUAUGUGGAAUGACAUUUCCCGAUAA